AUGAACCGCGGCGUGUGCCUGUGCUUGCUGAUGGCCGUCCUGGCGGCGGGCGCCCUGGCGCAGCCGGUGCCUCACGCGGAGCCCACGGGCCCUCGGGCGCAGCAGGCGGAGGAGGCGCCCCGCAGGCAGCUGAGGGCGGUGCCGAGGGCGGACGACGAGCCCCGAGCACACCUGGGCGCGCUGCUGGCCAGGUACAUCCAGCAGGCUCGGAAAGCUCCUUCUGGCCGAAUGUCUGUGAUCAAGAACCUGCAGAGCCUGGACCCGAGCCACAGGAUAAGUGACCGGGACUACAUGGGAUGGAUGGAUUUUGGCCGGCGCAGUGCUGAGGAGUUUGAAUACACCUCCUAG